AUGCAAGAGUACAAGAGGAGGAAGAAAGCUUUAGCAGACAAGAACACGGCCGCACUCGCCGGUGCCGGCGGCGCUGAUGAUCCGAAGCCCGGUCCUCCGGCCACAGUCGCCGACGGCAACUCGGAAUCAACGAAAGUUGCUCCGGAGGCGGCGGCUCGAAGCCGUUCCGACGAAAAGGAUGUUUUCUAUGAAAGGUUGCAGAAGCUGAAUGAGUCCUCCGGCCUCAGUCUAAUAAUUAAUUUAAGGGAAACGACAUUGGAUUUGUAUCUGUUGUACAAGGAAGUCACUAUAAGAGGUGGAUUUCAUCAGGUGACGAAGGAUGGGAAAUGGGAUGAAAUUGCAAGGUUUUUGAAGAGGAAAGAUAAUGUAAUAAUUAUAGGUACUCAACUUAAAAAUGUGUAUAAUAGUAUUCUUCAGCAGUUUGAACAAAUGCAUCACUACCGGACUCCAGGAAAAGCAUCUCCAUCCUCCCAACAAGGUCCUAAAGUAGGUUCUGCAGAUAGCCCAAAUGGCCUGAGAGGGACAAAGAGACAUUAUGAGAGGCUGCUCCUUUGCUCUAAUAUUCAGGACACUCCAAAUAACAAAACAACAUUCACUCCUGACAAUUACCAACUUUCAAAAGGGCCUAAGACACCCGAGCUAAAACCAAUCCUGCGAACUUCGACAAAUGAUAAGGAAGUGAAGAAAGCAAGGACUGCAUAUCAACUGUACCUAAAGUUGGAAUGUGAUCGGUUUAAGAAUGCACACGGGGAGAAUUCGGUUAAUCAGAAAGUGAUAGAUGAAAUCAUUGAUACCUGGAGGCAUCUUUCUGAAAGCGAGCGAAAGCCAUAUGUUGAUGCUAGUAACAAGGACAAAGAAAGAUAUAACCUACAGAUGGCUGCUUAUAAGGAACAUAAGAGCGAGUCGAGCAACCAAAGCUUGAGCCACAUUUCAACUCAAAGCCGAAGCUUGUUCCAUAUUUCAUCAUCUCAAACUCAAAGUGAAACAAAAAGCCAUCAAAGCUGGUUCAGCAGUUCAGCCCCAAGCGUCAUUAACUUUGGUUCAUCAUCAUCAUCGUCAUCGCAAACCUAUGACGACUACUAUGUGAGUUUGCAGGGCGGUGAUGAUGGGAAUGAGCUUGUGCCGCCUGAUAAAUCUCUAGUUGACUCAACCAUUGAAAUGCUAAAGGGUGCGCGCCCUGGCGACCCCAUAUUUCAGGUUGAUUGGGACUAUUCCUUCUGAUCUGAUCAUAUAU